UGCGUGCGAGGCCGGAAGGCGAGCGCGGGGCGGUGCUGAGCUCUCGGGGCGGAAGGCGGCCGGUGCGGCGGCGGCGGCCCCGCGCCCAGGGCUCCCGAUGGAAGCGGCGCCGGACCCCGGGCCGCGUCUCUGCUGCAAGCCCGGCGGGCGGCUGGACAUGAGCCACGGCUUCGUGCACCACAUCCGCCGGAAUCAGCUCGCCCGGGAUGACUACGACAAGAAGGUGAAGCAGGCGGCCAAGGAGAAGGCGAGGAGGCGGCACACGCCCGCGCCCGCGCGGCCCCGCAAGCCCGACCUGCAGGUGUACCUGCCGCGACGCCGAGAUGGCUCCGCCCACCCAAGCAACCCAGACUGUGAAGAGUCCCGGGAAAGCAGCAGUAGCGGCGGCUCCGAGCCAGAGCCUUCUGGCCGGCAGCUCUUCUGCCUAGAAUAUGAGGCGGACAGCGGCGAGGUCACAUCUGUUAUCGUGUAUCAGGACGAUGAUCCAGGAAGGGUGAGCGAGGAGGUGUCGGCACACACGCCUCUGGAUCCACCCAUGCAAGAGGCCCUCAAGUUGCGCAUCAAGGAGGAGAUUGCAAAGCGCCAGAGCCGAGACUGACGGGGCCGAAAGCAUUCCCUCCAGGCUGGGGUCGCUGCCCAGGGAGCUCCCUAGUUUGGGGGUGCCAGGACCAGUCUGGGCUGAUCUUGACACACAAACACACCCCAGAGCUGCUAGAGAAGGGUGCUGCAGGGACAAUGCCUGACCACCUUCCUUGUAUGUUGGCCCUUUGACCGGCCUGAUUGAGAAUUUUUGAGAAUUUUGUUUGGCUAGCUUGGUGUUCCAGAAGCAGAGACGCCGGGGAGAGCCAAGGUUUAUGAGCCUUAUGCCAACAUGCUGCUUUCUCACCGAGUUCAUAUGCCCUGGGAUAGCUGGCCACUGCUGCUCCACCCAGCUCCGUGGGCCGCGUUAUUUUAGGGUUCCUUCCCACCGUGCUUCUGCUCGUGUUCAUGUUUUCUUAGGUCUUUUUUUUUUUUCCAGCUGUUUCUUUGUUCUUUCCUUCAUCUUUUUGUCUCCAAGUCCAUCAGUUCCGCCCCACUCCCCACCUCCCAAUGUGACUGCACCUCCAGCUGCUCAGGACUUUGGAGGUUUGGGGUCGUGGCGGGCUGAGGGGGCCGCUACCCUUCUGACACACUCGCCCAGUAAUCCCGAUACCAACACAGUGAGAGAUGUUCAUUUUUGAGGCCAACUCCCAAGCAUGUCUCCCUCCCCUGCCAUGGCUUUUUCAAGUUUCUGUCAUGCCCCACUGCUUUAUACUAUCUAGAUAAGGAGACCUAAGAAGGUGAUGCCAAAACUAAAUUGCAAGGAUUUCUUGCAGCAAAACCUGCCUUGGUUAGGACUAAGCUAGAGUUCUAGCUUUCAACCUCAUCCCUUAAAGGGGAAUUAUCAAAACAUGCUUAAAACUGCCUCUCCAAAUGUGAUUUAACAGUCUGGAACAUAGAUACAAAGAGCAAUUCAACAGCAAUAAUUGCCUAUUUAGAACCCUAGUUGCAAAAGGGGUGGGGGUGGGGGCGCAGGGGGAGGCCCAAACAAUGUCUCAGAGGAAAUGAACCUCUCAUCUGCUCUUCCCCUGCCCCAUUCUUUCUCCUUUCCUGCCUCCCUAAGAGUAUAUAAUCUCCCAACAGAUCCUUAUAAUAAAAAUCCCAGGAGUAUCAGUGCUUUCACUUAAGUGAACAUUUUUCCUAAUGCAGGGUUAGGCGAAAGAUCUGAGAAACCCACGCUGCAGUUCCAAGCCACUGCGGUUUUCCAGUACAUUGGAACCUUUUUUAGUAAUUUGAAAUUUAGGGUUGAUGUGAACCCAUGAGCACUGAGCCUUCUUGAAACCAAAGUCCACCUGCCCCAGGGGUUUCUCCACAUCAGGGUCUCCAGGUCAGUCUGGCUGGUCCAUCUCAGCAACGUUCCUCUUAAAGGACACCUGAGGGCACUCUUAAAGUACUUACUAAGAUGCAGGUGGCCAGAGCUGACUGUGCCAGGAAUGUCCAUGAGGUGGAUUCGUUAGAAGGGCCUGGCUGUGAAGGGACCAGAGUGCUCCUGACCCACAGAGCUCACCCAAGGUUAAAGGCCUUAAACUUGCCGGUCCUGGGCUCAGUUCUACUCUUAAAGGGGAAAGUUUGCCCUCUAUAUAUUCAGCUGGAGUCAAAGUGCCUUUUAACAUAAUGUUAACUACCCUCCAGAGCCUGGGUCAAGGGGGCUGUGCCAUCAUCCCAGUUUCCCUGCCGCUCAGAGGACCAGUCAUUUUAGUCUUCCAACUCGUCAACUGAUCCGACUUGGACAUAGGAUUUCACUGGAACUCUUAGACUUCCCAGUCUGGAAAUACUUCGGGGCCCAUCUUCUCUCCGCUGGAUGGCCUGCUUCCUGGAUUUAUUAUAAAAUUUAGAAACAAGACCAGAAGCGGAGAUUUUAGCCUCCCUUCCUGUUUUGUGAGAAGGGAAGUGUGUACCUGUUGUCUUUCUAUGUUUGUCAUGUAAUCUCACACACUCAGGUAAGAAAUUAAUGAGAGCUCUUUGCGUGUAGGAUUUUUCUUGCACUUUGCAUAUCAAGUGCAUAUAAAAUAUUUUCCACUCAAGAAAGAUCCAAUUCUUAAUUUAUGCAGCCUGACUAUAUAAAGCACUAAGCCUGGUGCUUACAUGAGAGGUUGUCCUGCAGAACAGAACUGCUGGGGCUGAGGCUGCAUUGCUCUAGGUGUGCCAGAAAUGCUUCUCUGGUGAUGGCCCUCAGCAGCUUUCUAGCACGGGCUCGUUGCUUAUUUUGCCACCCGUCAUCUGGAAUCUAAGAUGGUAUUAACCAGUUUAUUCUCCAGACCUCUGGCAGCUGUUUUCAAAAACCGGUGCUUUGCCUUCAGGGACAGUGUUCAGAGCAUUUCCCACAGGCUCUGGAUGAGUCCCGAAGGGGACUGUCCCGUGCUGUUAACGCAGUGGCAAUAGUGUUGGACGAGCUGGAGCUUCCCAGCAGGCCGCUUCAGAUUCAACACUCACUUGACUAGAUACCUCCUUGGCUGUCUCAAAACAAAGUCUGGUAGCCUGAUAGGCAUAUCUCAUGUCCCUCCAAAAGUAAGUGUUCCUUCACUUACUGAGAGGUAAGCCUUGGAUUUUAAGGUUUUGUGUUUCCUGGGCCAAAGUGGGUAAUGUUACAAAUAGAAGGAAGCUGGGGUUUGCAUGGGGCUUGGGCUGUGCAAAAAAAUACAACACAA